AUUAAUAUAUGUUUGACGUCUGGUAACGCUGUAAAUGGAAAUUACGGCGUGGAUGGAAUUUUGUUGAAUAUUUGCUUUGAUAAAGCAUUAAAAUCCAGUAUUUUUAACUUAAAUUGUCGCGUUAUAUCUGCAGUUUGUUACGCAAUACAGUUAACAUUUAUUAUCGUUGAAAUAAUGACUGAGAGGCUCAAAGUUUUGUAUCAAAGUUUGUGCAUAUCAUUGUCUGUUUUAGCGCCAUCAAGUUUUACAGUGUUUCUUGUGUUAUAGCAGUGGAAGACUUUAUUGACAUGUUCGUGAUUUCACUAGGAUUACUAGUGUGUAGCGUAAAGUUUAUAGUUUGACGGAGUAGUUUGUGUACAAACAUUGGAACAGUUGGCAAGCAUGUACCCGACGCCGACGCGGCACCCGGCUGCCGCUAUCAGGGGACCGCAGCCCUCAUCGGGACCCAUAAAAUUGACUAUAGGUGACACUUUAGAACGAAUUAAAGAAGAAUUUAACUUUCUACAAGCUCAAAAUCACAGCUUAAAACUAGAGUGUGAGAAGCUGGCCAGCGAGAAAACAGAAAUGCAGAGGCAUUAUGUGAUGUACUACGAAAUGUCUUACGGAUUGAAUGUUGAAAUGCACAAGCAGACAGAAAUAGCUAAACGGCUGAGUGCAAUUAUAGUCCAAGUAUUGCCAUUCCUAGCUCAGGAACACCAACAGCAGGUCUCGCUGGCCAUCGAGAGGGCCAAGCAAGUCACCAUGUCCGAACUUAACUCUAUAAUCGGACAGCAACAGCAGCAGCAUGGUCUGCAACAACUUAUUCAACAGAUCCACGCUCAAGCGGGGCUGGCGGGGCACGGCGCGGGCGCGGGGGGGCUCCUCGGCGCGGGGGCGCUGUUGUUCGGAGCGCCCCCGGGAGCAGGGCCGCCGCCGCCCCCGCACUUGCCGCCCCCGGCGCAUAAGGUAGAGUUGCCGCCCCCUCCAGACGUGAAGCCUCCAGUCAUGGGCGGGCCGCCGCCCCCGCUGCUGCCCGGGCAGCCGCCCCCAAGAGACCGGGAUGAUGAGAGACACGUGCCUAGGGGCAUGCAACAGCGUCGCUCAGUCUCACCGCACGAGCGCGAACAGAAGUACCGUCCUCGCUCGCCGGAGCCCGAGCCGCUGGACGCGAAGCGAAGGAAAGAAGAGAAGGUACACAGUCAUGUGAGCUUGUGCAGUGACAGCGACGCAGAGAAAAGUGAUCAAGAUCUAGUAGUAGAUGUAGCGAAUGAGGAGGAGCGCGGUUCCCCGGGCGCGCGCGGGGCGGAGGGCGCGGAGCGGGGGGAGGCGCGCCCGCCCUCGCGCUCCGGCUCCUCCUCCAGCCGGUCCACGCCCAAGAGCACCAAGGACGAGAAGCCCGGCACGCCUGGCGGCAAGAUGCCUCGAGCAUCCACCCCGACUGGGUCCGCUCGAGGUCCAUACGGGUUUCCACCCUACCCCGGGUAUCGACCCCCCAAUCACUACGACAACCCGCACCAUAGGACCAACGGCAUCGCUGCUGCUAAACCCCCAUACUCAUACCACACAUGCGGUGGUCCACUCCAGCCCGUUCCAUUCCCUACGGACGCCCUCAUAGGGCCAGGCAUUCCCCGCUCGGCUAGACAAGUGGCCUCAUUACCCCACGGCGAAGUGGUGUGUGCGGUCGCCCUAUCACUGAGCAAUGGGGCAAGACAUGCUUAUACAGGGGGGAAAGGAUGCGUCAAACUAUGGGACAUAACCAACCCUGGGUCACCGAACACCCUAGAACCGCUAUCGCAACUCGACUGUUUGUCGAUUGAUGCUGUGCAACGAGACAACUACAUUCGCUCCGUCAAGCUUCUCCCGGACGGUCGCACGCUGAUCGUGGGCGGCGAGGCGUCCAACCUGUCCAUCUGGGACCUCGCGUCGCCGACGCCGCGCAUGCGCGCCGAGCUCACCUCGUCCGCGCCCGCGUGCUACGCGCUCGCUAUCAGCCCGGAUUCUAAGGUGUGCUUCAGUUGUUGUUCCGACGGCAACAUAGCAGUAUGGGAUCUCCAUAAUCAAACAUUAGUUAGACAAUUCCAAGGCCACACAGACGGCGCAUCCUGCAUAGACAUCAGCCCGGACGGGAACCGGCUGUGGACGGGCGGGCUGGACAACACGGUGCGCUCCUGGGACCUGCGCGAGGGCCGCCAGAUGCACCAGCACGACUUCUCCAGCCAGAUCUUCUCGCUCGGCUACUGUCCUACAGGCUCCUGGCUAGCAGUCGGCAUGGAGAACUCCCACGUCGAAGUCCUACACGCGGGCAAACCGGACCGCUACCAGCUGCACCUGCACGAGUCGUGCGUGCUGUCGCUGCGGUUCGCGUCCUGCGGCAAGUGGUUCGUGUCCACCGGCAAGGACAACCUGCUCAACGCGUGGCGGACCCCCUACGGAGCUAGCAUAUUCCAGUCUAAAGAAUCUUCGUCGGUGCUGAGUUGCGACGUCGCGGCAGAUGACAAGUUCAUAGUGACGGGGUCUGGCGACAAGAAAGCGACAGUUUACGAAGUCAUGUACUGAACCACCCGUGAGUGUCAGAAGAAAUCUCAGGCAAUAAGACCCUUCCUUGGGGUCCAUAGUCCAUCUCUUGCGAUUUAGUGAGAAGGAAUUCAUUAGUGUAUAUGGAAACGUGAAAGAGGAAAUGGUAAAUAAAUGUCUUAUUGUAUAAAAGCAAGCUUUAUCUAUGUUUUUUCUUUGGUCUACUUUAGUGUUUAAAUUCAUUUUAUCAUCUUAUCGCACGGAAAUAAUAAUAGGUACAUAUUUUUGUAUAAAUGUGUGCUUUUAUAACAAUGAUGGUUCUUCAGAAAUAAAUAUUCUUUUCCAUAUAGUGACUAGCCGUCAUGACUCUCUGAAGUAUUGACUCAUUUAAUAAUAUGUAACAUAAAUAAACGUUCCCAAAAUCAUUUUCGAAUAUUUGAAGAUUUUUUUACAACAGAGAAACAUAUUGUUUUGGUUUCUGAUAUCUGAAAUUGUUAUGCAAUAUGCAAUGGACCAGUAAAAUCCCCAUUUUGAAAAAGAAAAGUUAUUGUACGUUGUUUUUGUAAAAACCAGGAAACAGGUGUUUAAAAUAAAUGUUUUAUAACUAUGUAUUACUUAUUAGUUUCAUGUCUUUAAACUUUAUACAUUACAUUUCUGUAUUUUUAUCAUUCAGACACUCAUCAGGUUAUUUUCAAUUGAGAUUCCCAGUGGCUGGUAAAUCAGAUGAUUUGGUAAAUAUAGGUAUAGGUUCUCAGAAAGAUGAAUGUUAGACGCAAAUAUUUUAGUGUUAUUGUAUAUUUUUAUAAUAAAAUAAGAAAUACAUUAUUAAAUAAAAGGAUCAGUUUCAUCAGUACUUUUGUAGUUACAUAUUAUAUAAUUUGUGAAAUUAUUAUGAGAUUCUUGCGAAUCCUUAUAUUUUUUUCUUGACUGAAUUUUGUCAUUUUUAUCUUUACUUUAUUGGACGUCUAAAAUUAUUUUUGUAAUAGUUCUAAGUAAGUAUUUUAUUAAAAUUACAAACAUAUCAAUGGACUUAUUUUAUAGACAAAAUUUUAAUGCAUUUUUUUCUAUCUAAUAACAAUAAAUGUUCCUCAAAUUUAAAAAGGAUUACCUAGGACACUUUACCCUGUUACCACUAAAUUCCAAUAUCAGCAUUUGUUUAUAUUCUUUAAUUUGUUCGUUACAUUUAAUUUACUUAAGUACCUACAUAUUUUUUUUAUAACUACGCUAUCCACAUAUUUUUAAUUAAGUUAUAAUGCAAAGUCUGAGUUUGCGAAACGGGUAUGAAACACGAUAAGUUUUCGUCGUAUUAUUGUAAAGUAUGUAUUAGAUACUUGCCGUCUGCAACAUGUGUCCCAGCUCUCAAGUGAUUAAAAUAAUAUUCUAAAAAAAUAAGGGGAGAAUGUACGGAGAUAUAUGUAUAUUGUUUACCCACCUAAACAGAAAAUAAGGGUAGAACAUAAUAUGUAUCAACUCGUACGGAUAAAGCUAUAGGUCCUAGUUUCUAAAUAUAUAAUUUAAAAAGCAAUAAAUGUGGUACUUGUUGUAACGCGUCGCUUUGUAGUUAAAACUAGUUUCUCCCAAAAUUCUAUCUCAUAUUUUUUUAUUCCUCCGUCCUUCUAUGUUUAAAAAUAAUACAUUUCAUGAAAAUAUCUGGUAUAUUUGUGGUAAUUAAUCAAUGUGAAUAGAUAAGGUUAGUAUUGAUUGCAUCAUGAUCUGCAAUUUGUGAUAUUAUUAAGCUAUAAUACAUGUGAUGAAUUUAUUGAUUUAAUGCCACCAUUGGGUCGUGAACUCGUGACUAUGAAGAUUUGUUAUAAUUCCUACUGUCAUCAUGUGAAACUUGAUUUUAUUACAUUGAUUAUAUAUUUAAUUUAUGCCCUCAUAA